AUGCCGCCACCGGUUGUGUACAUGGACGAAUCAUUCAUUCACCACCACUACAAGUGCCAUAAUGACAGCCUCUACGGCCCAAACGACGCCCUUGACAAUGCCACGAAGGAGAAGCACAAGGGCCAGCGCUGUUGCUUUAUUCCAGGAAUUUUGGACUCGGCAACUAUGGACAGCAAGUUUCUGGCCUCGACAUCUCCUCUGGCGGCAAAGCAAGAGGCAAGGAGCCCAACGAUUACCAUAGCCGAAUGUGUGCGAUUUGGCAUCGAAUUCGACGAGUCUGACUACAAGAGCAUCCUGUCGGAGAAGCUGUCGCAGUAUAUUCACAAGCACAUUGAUCCGGUCGUUGUUGACAUGGCAAGGAAGCGUGGCCAUACUGUUGUGUUUACUCCGUCACACCACUCUGCUUUGCAGCCUAUUGAGUUGCUUUGGGCCAUUGUCGAAGGUGAAGUUGGCCGUCGUUAUGACAUUGAAACCAAGUUCGCCGACGUCUAG